AUGAGCAUUGACUCUCCGUCUUACGAGCCAGAAUCUCCCGCCGGGAGGAGGUCCAUGUCUGCUACUGGAAGAGUAGACUACACGAUUGAAGAGGACGAUUUAGACAUCAGAGAAGACGAGAAAGAUGAAGACUACAAGGAAGACGCAGUUGAAGAUGACGAUAAUGAUGACGAGGUCAUUGAGACAGAAAACGAGAAAAGCAAGCCUGUUGCAACCAACAAUCGUCCAGUCAUCCAAGAGGCGAUUGUAAAUGUCGCUAGAUUUCCAACACAACCCAGACGCGGAAGACCACCAAAGCGGAAGAAUAUAGUGAAUGUUGUCGAGACAGCGUUGCCAAUUAUUGAUAGCUCCAAAGCUAACUCUGAUGGAAAUGGUGGUAAUAAUAACGGUUUCAAGAGGCCACAUCUGUCUUUUCCUGUAGACGAAAGUGGUAACCCGUUACCAGUAAUCAACGAUGAAUACGCUCUUCCUGACGACCCCGAAGGUGACACCAAAAUAAAUAGAGACGGUGAUCUUCUUGGUGGACGGCAGUUUCUAGUAAGAUCUUUCACAGUAGCUUCUAGAGGCGAGCGGAAAUAUAUGCUUUCAACGGAGCCUGCAAGAGCUGUGGGCUUCAGAGAUUCAUAUCUUUUCUUCCAGUACCACCCAAAUCUGUACAAACUCACCAUAUCGCAAGAAGAAAGAGACGACCUAAUUCAUAGGGGUGUAAUACCCUACUCAUAUCGAACUAGAACCAUAACGCUAGUAACGGCAAGAGGUGUGUUUAAGGAAUUUGGAGCGAAAAUUAUCGUUGAAGGAAAAAAUAUCACAGACGAUUACUAUGUCGGACGGCUACGCGAGGAAGGUCGCGUAGUUGAAGGUACAUAUGCUCGCGAACCUACCUCCAACCUAAGGGGAAUGGGCGCAAAGGGCUUCAAAGUUUCGAGCUUAGGAGUAAAUCCGUCCAAAAACGCUGUUGAAUUCUUUGACAGGCGCAACCACAACAUCACUCCAGGCAGUAACAUUAGCUCUACAAACUGGCUGUACCAACAUGCUGCAGCGUGUAGCAGGUUUAAUAGUGAUUUAUUCUACGAUAGAGAAAGAGUUCUUCUCAUUGAGCACCAGGGCCUAAGAGAUCCUUACACAAACACUUUACAUCUUCCGCAGUCUACCCAAUCAACACAAGUCUUGAGAUACGUUAAGGAUUCCAGUAAUGUUCCUGAGAAUAAUGGCGUAGUCUACGAAACGCUCAUAGAAGACAAAGAUUUAACACGUCGGUGUAUCGGCAUCAAGGAUGUGCCGCUUGAUAUUUUUGAAGAUGUGGUAGAUGACGAUAUUAAACUUGCAAUACUAGAACAGCAGCAGUUCGAGAAGAACGUUUAG